UUGUAGAGAAAAUUGGCAACCGUUUCACCAGUUCUGAAUCACCUUCAACCGUACUUCUGCGUUCGAGUGCUGCAAUUUGUGAUAGAAAUCCACGAUAAGGGGUGUUAAUACGAUUGUUUAGGAGUUCCGCGGAGAAGUUCUGAAAUGGGAUUCGUAAACCUGUUCGUUGUUGCGUUGAUGCCAGUCCUCAAAACGCUUCUGAUCACUGGUGUUGGAUUAUUGCUUGCAAUAGACCGUAUAGGUCUCUUAGGGCCGGAUGCAAGGCAUAUUUUGAACAAUAUUGUGUUUUUUGUGUUCACUCCUGCACUCAUGGUUAGCAACUUGUCAGAGACCAUUACAUUCCAGGGCCUGAUUACUUUGUGGUUCAUGCCAGUGAAUAUCCUUCUCACAUUUAUUAUUGGCUCAACACUUGCAUGGAUACUUGUUAAAAUAACCAGAACUCCUGAACAUCUACAUGGCCUUGUAAUCGGUUGCUGUUCUGCAGGAAAUUUGGGAAACUUGCUUCUGAUUAUUGUCCCAGCAGUUUGUGAUGAAACAAAUAGCCCAUUUGGAGAUUCAUCUACUUGCUCAACAAAUGGUGAAGUUUAUGCUUCACUUUCUAUGGCGGUUGGUGCAAUUUAUAUAUGGUCUUAUGUAUAUACGAUCAUGCGGAUAUUUGCAAAUAAAAGCAUCGGAGAACCGUCAGAAACAUUUUCAGAGACUUGCACAGCAUCCCUACUUCCUUCAAGCGACUGUCGAAGCUUUGAUGACCAUUCGGAUCAAGUUGAACUGCCUCUCAAUGGAUCUGGGGGAGAAGUGAAGGCAAAGAUACUGAAUCAGAUUAUUGAGCGCAUUAAGAUGUAUGCAGAGCAGAUCAAUCUGAAAAUGUUGUUCGCGCCGUCUACAAUUGGUGUGGCUGUUGGUUUGAUCAUCGGAAUAGUUUCUCCAAUACGGAAGCUAAUGAUUGGUGAUAGUGCUCCUCUUCGCGUGAUCACUAGCUCUGCGUCUCUGCUUGGGGAGGCAACUAUUCCAUCUAUGACUUUGAUAGUGGGAGCAAACCUGCUUAAGGGGUUGAGAAGAUCCGAAGUAAGUUUGCUACUUACUUUAGGUGUUAUGGCAGUAAGGUAUAUUGCAUUGCCGCUUUUCGGUAUUGUUGUCGUUAAAGCUGCACAAAUGUGGGGCAUGGUUGGAUCAAACUCAUUAUACCAAUUUAUUUUAAUGCUUCAAUAUGCACUUCCACCUGCAAUGAGUAUAGGUACGAUUACCCAGCUGUUUGGGGCUAGUGAAUGUGAAUGUUCUGUUAUCAUGCUAUGGUCAUAUGUUGUGGCUUCAUUCUCUAUUACACUGUGGUCAGCCUUCUACAUGUGGAUUGUCUCAUAAAUCCUAUUCUACAUUUGUUAUAUACAACUGUGUCGUUCCCUCCAAACCCGAGACAUACCAUAUAGAGCCAAGGUCAAGUAUAAGCAUAUCAGUGGUUGGAGUUGUUUACUUGUGACUACAGGUGGAUCAACUCUUCAUCGUCUUGUUCAGACCACUACACUGUUACAAUUCACUGUGUCAAUUACAUUCAGAGGGUGAGGUGAGAAUGCUUUAUAAGAAUAUUUAUUGGACAAUGUUUCCUCA